AAGUCCCAAAGCUUUGACCUUUUUUCCUCUGGCUGGAGACCCAGACCGAUCUAUUUCUCUCUCCGUGUUUCUUUCUGAACCCAAAGGCCCUCAAAAUGGACUGGUAAUUUGGAACCUGGGGCUGUUUUGGAAUUUCGAAUAGAGGAAAAUGGGGGCCGAGAGCACCUCCAGUGGGAUUGAUCGGAACGACAAGAGCUACGAGACUCCGGUGGUCUUGAAUGUCUACGACCUCACCCCUAUCAACAAUUAUUCUGUUUGGUUCGGUCUCGGAAUAUUCCACUCCGGUAUUGAAGUUCAUGGUAAAGAGUAUGGUUUUGGAGCCCAUGACUUCCCAGUUAGUGGAGUUUUUGAAGUGGAACCAAAGGCCUGCCCGGGUUUCAUUUACCGAUGCUCUAUUUCACUUGGUCGCAUAAACAUGCCUCCUUCUGAAUUUCGGACAUUUAUUGAGAAUGUUGCUGCAGAGUAUCAUGGGGAUACAUAUCACCUCAUCUCCAAGAAUUGCAACCAUUUUACGGAUGACAUAGCAUGUCGAUUGACAGAAAAACGGAUUCCUGGAUGGGUGAACCGGCUUGCUCGGCUAGGUUCCUUGUGUAGCUGUCUUCUUCCAGAAAGCCUUCAAGUGACCACUGUUAAACAGACUCCUGAAUACCAUCAUGAGUCAGAAGAUGGUACUGAAUCUCUAACAAUCACCACGCCUCGUGAGUCGACAGAAGUUGAUGACGAUCAAGAAAAGCGUCUGCUGUCACCUUUGGCUGCAGUGUCACCGAUGUCUGGAUGUGGGGAUGUGACUUUUGUUAAAGAGACUCACAAGUGAAAUAUAAAAUCGCAAUUCUUUUGAAAAAGAGGAAAGAAUCGCUCUCCUGCAGGGGGCUGUUAGGCAUGUUAUUCUUCACUGUCUGUAACAUGGAUGGGCUUACUAGGAAGGACAGUAGCUGCCCCUGUUUUCAGAAUCAGAGCUGCCUGAAUUGUACUGAUUGUUUGCAUGCACAAGUGUUGAUCUGAUUUGAUUUAAUUUUGAGUUUUGUUUUUUAUUACCAUUUCAACCUCGUUUUGCAGUUCCAUUUUUCGGAAUUGUGGAAUCUGAAAGUUGAAGGUAAUUUGUUGUAAUUUACUAAUUUAUGGUUUGUGUAUGAAGGCUUGGAAUGGGAGCUGUUUUGCUAGUGGAAAUUAUCUCUGUUUUCAAUC